GUCAGUCUGUUCCUCCUCUCCACCAUCGGCCAGGCACUCAGUUGCCUCUUGCCCACAAGGCACUCAAUCAAUCCAUAUCGACAUCUGCCUCCUCCUCCUCCUCCUCAUCUUCUUCCUCCACACUCUCGAUAGGAUCAAGUCGAACCCCUGAAUUGCCUUGCAAAGUCGCGUGGGCAUGCAAAAGCCCCAAAGGAACCGAGAUCGUAUGGCACUCCUUGGGGUCUUCCCUCCAAUAUUCGUCCAGGCGCUUUUUGAACACUCCCCUCUCUUUGGGGAUGGAAAUGAACAUCGUUGGGCAAAUGGUGCUGCAGUCCACCCUUAUCCGAAAUGCGAACUCGAGGGAGCAAGGUUCUGUGAAGUUCUGGGAGCCUGGCGUGGGCUUGAUCUUGCAAUCUUGCUGUCGGAUUUCAAUCGAGAGCGCUUUGACAACCCGAAUCCUACCGUUGGCGAUCGCAGUUGAAACAGCCCCAUAUCUCUCGGUACCAAGAAUUUCAUCGUGGCCGCUGGCGAGAAUGUCAAGAUUCCAGCGAAAAGGAAAUGACGCUCCGUAGGCCUCCGCCUUUACUCGCGUCCUCCCCUCCACGAAGAACAAUCCUUUUGGGCACACGAGACUCUCACCCUUCCUCACGACCCAUAGAGCGCGGUCAGGGAGCCAAAUCCCAUCUUCCGUCCGGGCCGCCUCUAAUUCCUGAUUUUCUUGACAGGCUGCAUCGACGUCCUUCCAAAGCAUCUCAUAUCUGAUGCCGUAACUUUCGCGAGCCGGUACUUUGAAGAACAAGUCUGCGCGGGUCAAUGUCGCAAAAUUUCCCUGUGCAAUGAGAGAGGUUUCCUGCUGUUCGAUGAGAAUUGGAUUGUUCUCGGAGAACUUUUCUUUGUACUUCUGCAGGAUAUACGGUGGUAGAGAGCCCCAUCCGCACAGCGCGAGAAGAGGAGGGCGCGCGUCCGGAUGAAGCUUCCUAAACUGGUCCAGGGAUCGGUCGAUGAUCUUGAAGAUUCCGUCCAGCCACUUGUCAUACACUGUUCUUACCUGACUUUUGUCGACGUGCAGUCCCUGAGGUGUGAGCUUGAAAUCCGGAUGGCGGGCAUCUUUCUCAAUAGCCUUUGACAAGGCUCUUUUCGGCACCUUCAGCAUCUUUAUCGAGUAUUCAGCACGAGUGUCAAAUUCUCGCUUGGCGUGUUCGAAGCCAUCUGUGACAUGCUGAGACCAUAUCUUUGCUGUCCAGCCUGGAUCUUGGAAGACAGACUGCAACCAAUUCUGGCCCAAGUUGUCGAGGAUAUGCUCAUCCAUGAGCGUGUUGAGGGUCAACGAGCCGUUGAAAGAACCUCGCUGCGGAACGAUUUCUCUGAAUCGAGCCGAUCCAGCCUCAAAGUAUUUCCCGACUCCAGCCACAUCUACCGUGGCCCCCUGUUUUCUCGUUAGCACUCAAUAACCUCAUUUGAAAACAGAUCUGGGAGUCUUACACCAAUAUCCGCGACAAUCAUAUUCACCGGUUCGCCGUUGUGGUCCUCCAACUCCGAAGUCAUGUUGAAAUGGCAUAUAGCCGCCGAGACUGCCUCAGAAACCAAUGCCGUGGAGCUUGGGAAACCAGCGCGAUCCAAGAGCUUCAAGAAACGGUCCUGAGUUGUCCGUGACCACACCGUAGGCACAGACACCGCGACGUGCGACUCUUUUGCAAAGGCCUCGCGAAGCUUCCUGAAUGUCCAGUCCCCAGACUUGGCCUUGACCCCCAUCGCGUAAGCAACCUCUAGCAUUGUGUUGCGCCAAAUGAAUUGCAGCAGCAUAUUCCGGAAACAGGGUCAACUUCAACAGAUCGAACACGUUUUCGUCGCUAAUUCCGCGGUUCUCGAGUGCGCCAUCGACCGAGUGGCCAAACAGCAUAGUACAUUGUGCUUUUUCGCCAAGUGCUUUCGGGUACCCUGGUGAGAUCGCUACCUUGGAGGGAAUGCAAAAAUGUGUUUCGUUUCUUGUGCCCGCAAGUACUCGUGCGUGUGUGACAUUACCCUUGACUAGCUGUGUGGAAUUCUGGGCGAUGUCCACCACAGAGGUUGUGUGUACUGUACCGAAGUCCAUUCCAAUUAGGAAUGUGACUCCAGAUCCAAGGUUCCACGGAUAACCGUCGAUGGUUGGUCGGUGCUCUUCGAAAAUAUUUGGCGUGGUGGCUGGGCCCGAGCCUUGUGGGGGCACUGUGGCAGGCAUUGUGUUUGAGUGCGGAUGGAAAGCAAGACGAAGAAGUUGAAAGGCUGGUAGGUACUACCUUGCCCCUGUCAAGGAGGCGCUCUGUAAUGCUGAAGACAGAGGACGGUCAUCCUGAUGCGAAGCAGGUUUUAUCUCUUAUAUCUCCGGUUCUUUGCGGUGUGUUUGCCAACAAGGAUUUGCUUCCUUUGAGGAGAUGACCACAAGGAUUGCUAUCAGGUGGCUUGAGCUGUUGACAAGUAUUAGCAAACAACGUCGGCUGCCUUCCAGCCGGAGGCAGAAGGAAACUUCGACAGCAGUGGUGAAGUUGGCAAGGCAGUGGCUUUACUUUGCGAUACAUUGCUCACAACGACGCGCCUGGCGGUUACUGCUCAGCUGGCGUCACUACAUCAGAUUAUCUAUUUUUUACGAUACUAGAACAGCUUCUGGUCUUCCGAGCAACCACGGAUUGAACCACCACAAACCCUGAGCGUGACUUCACUCGCAUGCCCUCCGCCACAAUGUUGCGGAUGGGUGCCUCCAACCGCCGACCAAGGCUGAUCUAGUGUUUGCUUCCGGAGAUCAAAAAGGGUACCGGCCCAACAUAACAAAGAAAAAAGAGCUUGGAAUGUGGCAGGGUUCCGCAAACAGACAAUGAAAUGGCUAUCACUCCCAUCGGAAAUGGACGUCCCGCUAUUGACCCCCUUGCAUUCCGUACAGGGACCGGCUGAGCGCAACCGCAAACGGAAAAGAAAGGUAUGCUGCCGCAGGCUCCACAGGUUCUCCUUGCUUGUUGCGUCUUUGUUAUUUAAUGAUAUAUACCCCUUUCCCUAUCCUGAAUCAUUUGCGCGCUCCAUCUAUCUGGCGAACAUCUGCAGAACUGUCCUUUCCCAAAAUAUCCAGCAUGGUGAGAUCCAUCAAUUGGCCGCCUCUCGCUCAGCGAGCCCUCCUCGAAUGGAUUGACGAUCACAAGGGGCCUCAAAGCGCGUUGAUCCAGAACUACAAACAAGCAAUCGCCGAGCUGACGAAGAGUCUUCGUACACAAUUUGGAGACAACGCAUCCUUCUCGAAGGGGCUGGUGCUAUCCCAGGUUGAACAAAGGAUCAACUAUCUUUGGAAAGAUCGGCUCAACAGUUUCCAAUCAUCUGCAUUGGAGACCUUCUAUAGAGAUGGCACUCUUGCGCUGGACUGGGAUAAGCUUGGCCACAGACCUAUCGCCCGAGCGUACACCAAAGACGAGAUUGCAUCAUUCAAGGGGAAGGGCGUUCCGAGCACAACCGCCGCGACUGACAGAUCCAGAGCCAGUGACGACGAAGAACCUAUCCGGGCGGAUAAACGUCGCCGAACAGAUAACGGCUCCGAAAAUCGAUCAGACAGCGAGCGCGAACGACAGGAGGGGAGGAGACGAAAGAGCCCUUCGAAUGACGUGAGAAAGGAGCCAGAGUCUCAAGUCGAUCGUUCUCAUUCUGACCAGAAUCCGAGGAAUAUCGGACCACCCACAGUCGGAAAUGAUGUGACUCAUAUCAUGUCAACAGAUAACAUGACACCCACCCAACAGGAAGAACCCUCCAGCAGAACACUGGAGCCAAGGCACCGGGACAAAAGAACCAGGAGGCUGUCUGCUGGUUUCAUCGAGGUCCGGACUAAGGUUCCAGUACAGAGGCGGAAUCAGGUGGACAAUGGAGACGAGAAGGGUCCCUUGUUUGACCUGAGCUAUCUUGACCGGAGUCGUUACAACGCCCUCCACCCCCCAGUACCUACCGAUCUCAUGGAGUCGGAAAUGGGAAUCCUUGAGCACGGCAUUUUCAGUACGAUCGCCGUAUAUGCGGACGCACUGAGUAUACCGGAGGACCAACCGAUGAUCCUUGACACAAGACUUCGAUAUCCUGACGAAUGCCGCCUUCUUUUCGACCUCAUGCUCGGACUCGAUAGCUUCCGUGGCGCUAACAGCCGCUCUGAGACGUUCCUCGCUUUUCAGCAAAGUAGAACCAGCCUGAUAGACUUUCUCCGAUCGUUUGUUGGCUGCGCUCUGACAAAUUGGUGUCUGUCUUGGCCCUCCAACCCGACCUCGUACUUCCGCGGACUUGAUGAUGGGACCGUGGACACUGUGCUCAAGGAGGCAUUUACGCCAGAGAUCGAAGCCGAAGUACGCCAGCGAUUGUGGGAAGAACACAUGAGUGUCCACAAGGUUCCCACCAUCGAGAAUAAAGCACAUCACAUGGCAUCCACGCUCCUUGCAUACAUCGACAUGCUGAUCCCUAAUGACCCCCCCGAAAGGAGGCCCUCGGAGCACACAGAUGUCUGUCGUUUACCAGAAGACGAUCCGACCCAGAACUCAUCUCAACCCGACGGCCCAGCACCGCCCCUCAGAGAGUCUCCGGAUCGGAAAGCACUCCGGGACUCUCUCGUCACCAUAUUCAAAAACGGUUUGAAAUUCCAGAUCCAGAUGUUUAAGAACUUGAAUGCAGAGUAUGUGGUCCUCUGGCCCAGAUUCCUGCGACCGUACGAGCGCAAACUGAAUCGCGCACGACGAGCCCGUGGCUCCUCCGCCGACACCGACGCCGACGCCGGAGAACCCAAGAAGCCCGUGGUGCGCUUAGGGUUGAUGCCCCUUAUUCAGCGAAGAACAAGGGGCUAUAUCCAUCAUGCCAAGUGGUCAGAGUUUCAGCUGGUGACCAAGGGCUCGGUGCUCGCUCUGUGAUCCACCAUCUUGCGGCACACCUCCCCAAGCGUGGCUCUUUUCGCGAUCAACCGGGCUACGAAAGCAGCAGCAGCAGCAGCAGCAGCAGCAGCGUUGGGCAAAGCGAGUCUCGAUUGACGAAACCCUCCACCCCUUUUCAGUCUGGGACAUCUCUCUCUCUCUCUUCUCGUCUGAACAGUCUCUCCCAGGCAUUGCUCCCUGGAGAUUAGUUCUGAGAGUGGCCAAGAAGGGUUUCCGAAAGCAUAGCUGUCUGCGUUGUCCAUCCCUCCGCCGGAGACAGCCACCAUCAAAAGGCAAGGAAGAAGGAACAGCAUACCCCGACAACGAAAGGAGGAAGUGCGUGGGCGCAUGCAAAAGGAAUUUGGGAAUGGAAAUGCAUGGGAGGGGGAAGGCAAAAAGGUGUGUCCUGGAAACCCAACCGGCCACGGGUCUUCCAGGUGUAAAAGCGGCGGAUGCAUACAAAAGGUCACGAUCCGGAGACAUUGAUCGGGGACGGGAGGAGGAUGGAGGCCUAUUUGUCGAUUUUCGCGUGUGUUUAUGCAUGUACGUACGUGUGGCACUGGCACAUCUGCUAGCAGCGGAGAAGAAGGAAACUGGGAAAACACUGGGGAGCCGGAAACAAAUU